AGCAAACCUACACACACACACGAACUCUCACACACAGACUCGUACAGCUGUGAUCAGACCUCCGAGCGGCUCCUCCGUCAGAAAGCUCAGCCCGUCCGCCCCGCACACUGCGUGUUUUAUGGAUCGUGUGUUGAGCUGCAGACCAGAGGACUUGGAGGAUUACUACGGCCUGCUGGGAUGUGAUGAAUUAUCGUCGACUGAACAGAUUGUCAACGAGUACAAGAUCCGAGCCUUGGCAUGUCACCCAGACAAACACCCAGGCAACCCAAAAGCAGUGGAAGAUUUCCAAAAGCUGCAGGAAGCCAAAGAGGUUUUAUGCAAUGAAAGCACAAGAAAAAACUAUGACCUCUGGAGAAGAAGCGGGGUCACCAUGUCUUUCCAUGACUGGCAGGCCUUGAGCGACUCUGUAAAAACAUCAAUGCACUGGGCCAUGAAAAGUAAGAAGGAACCGAUGUUGGAGGGGGCCAAAGCAGAAACCCCAGAUGCCCCUCAAGCAGAGGACCGUCGUUUUGAGCAGGAAACACCAAGGAUCCCUUUGUAUGACAACAUGCCAUCCUCAAGUGACUUCUGCCACCGGCGUUUCCGUUGGGCUGCUGACUCACCAUCCAGUCUGCUGCGCAAGUUCAGAAAUUAUGAAAUAUAAACCCAACAACAAUUUCAUCCAGUGAAGAUGUUAAAGUGUUGUCUGUCUCCUUAUCAUCACAUAUCGAGUUGUGAAGCAUGUCAGCUGUGGUACCAAAGUUGUGUGAACAUGCUGUCGCUGAAUUUCUUCCCUUAAUUUCAAGUGGAAACAGUGAGGGAUCUGGCCUUCAUUUGCCAAUGUUACAUAAUAGGCCAAUCACAAAUUAGAUAAUACAAAUACAUUUAUGCUGUUACUAGUGUAGACUAUUCAUUAAUGCACUAUUAUGCAGUGGAAAAUUGCUCAAAUCUCUUCUCAAUCCAGUGGAGUGACUUCUCUUUUAUUAUUAUUAUUAUUAUUAUUAUUACUAUUAUUAUUAUUAUUGUUGUUGUUGUUGUUGUUUCCACAUCAAAUCCAAAACCACAGAGGUAACAAGGAAUUUAUUGGCUACCUUGUAGUUUGUUUUUGUCAAAUUGAUAAUAAUUAUUGACAUUUUAUGCAGUAGGAUUUAAAAAAAAAACUUUAUUUUACAUAUGUGUAUCAUUUAAUAUCAUUCAUUGCAAUGGAGGUGAUGCAGUAAGGAGUAUGACUGUCAUAGCUCCUGUUGUUUGGGAGAAGUACAGCACCUCUGUGUCCCAUAAUUAAUUGUGAAGAGUUUUAUAUAAAUCUCAGAAUCGUGAGAAGUCGUUCAAAUACCUGUUUACUGUUUCCUAAGUGAAACAGCCACAGAAACACAUGUAUAUAUGAAAGAUGCUGUUCUGUUCAUCAUUCCCUUGCUUUUUAAUCAUUUAUGAAGGAGAGAGUUUUGCUGUAGAUUUCAUCAGUUAAAUGCAGUGGCAGAUUUUUUUUUUUUUAAUUAUGUAAAUCAUCACUUAAUUGCAAUAUGUUCAGUUUACAUGCUUGCCCUAUUGGAAAUCAGUGUCAUACAUGAGUGUGUUUUUGUGCUACAUUCCUAUAUUUUCAGAGUUGGGUUGAAUAUUUGUCAGCCAUAUAUGAAUCAAUAAAUAUUGUAAAAUCUG